AUGAAAGCAGGCAAAACUGCAAAGGAACUUGCCGAUUUGCAAGAUGAGAAUUUGAAAGACAAUAUCGUGCCAAAAGAAAUCGAAGCAAUUGUUUCCAGAGAAUAUGUCUUCCAAUUGAAACUCAAUGAAUAUAAUUUGAAAAAAGGUUGGGAAAAUUAUACUGUUUAUAGAAUCUUUGAAGCGCAAGUUGCAAAAGAAGCUAACAUCCAUAAGGAAACUCCAAUUGUAAAGAUUAGGGGCUCUAGCUCCAAACAAGAAGAGGAAUAUGACGUUGUUAGCCAAACAAUAGAGAACGAACAAAUGUUUAGUAAAGAUUCUUCCUUGCAUUCUUCCCUACCUAUAGAAGACACAGAGUCGGAUGAUGAUUCAAUACCUCUCAAGUUUCUUUACAAGCGAUUCAAAACUACUAAGAAGAAGACUUAUCAUUAAUUGAUUUGCUCCAAAAUUAAUGUCUACAAAUGAACUCCUGUUUAUAUUUUUAUGUGCAGUUUGUAUUCUACAAUAUUUAUAAUAUUGACAAUAUAAUAUUUGGCUUAAUAUUUGGUUUAUUAA